CGAGGGGAACGGGGCCGCAGGGAUGGGGCUGUGGGGUCAUCCGGGGAUGGGGCCACCAUGGGGAGCACAUGGCUGAGCCCACGGGGGAUGUGGGGAGCGCUGGGGGGCUGCGAGCCCCAAGGGGUUGGAGAGCUCAGAAGCUUCACUGGCCCCAUAGGUGACUCCUGUGCUGCGGGGUGCCAGUCCCAUGCCACGCUCCAUGUGGUAGAGGCCUUGGUGCCCUAUGGCUGUGCUCACUGUGCUGCAGGGGGGUUUCCAGCUUGAUCACCCCAGGAUGAGGUUCUGGGGCCGGUGCUGCUCUGUGUGACUCCACGCCACUCCCAGCAUAUGGCCACUGCAGUUCCCAAGGCCACCCAUGGCCCUGUAUACAGGAUGCACUGCAGAGUGGAUGUGUGCCUCAGUUUCCCCCCGCAGCACCAACACCACUGGCUGUGCCACCCUAAUGCUGUCUCCCAGCCCACAGAGCUGGGUGGCCGAGGCAUGGAGCUGUGGGGUGCCCUGGUGCUCGGCCCCCGCCCGCAGCCAUGAUGGGGGCUGGCUCUGGGGUGGCCGGAGCCCGUUCCAGCUCUGCACGGCACGCAAGCAAGAACACAUUUUUCAGAGCCACGACAGGGAGCAGCUGCCUGAGUGUCCCGGGGCUGGUGGUGAGCUGGGGACAGGGGUGCCAGACCCCAUGGCAUGAGGGGCAUGGGGCUGGAGGUGCUUCUAUGGGGCUAUGGGUGCCGGGUUGGGGCAGGGGGUGCUGGGACAGGGAGGCCGAGGAGGGGCUUGGAACAGCAUUUUUCCCAGCAGAAAAAAUCUGUGCUGCGUUAGAGGGGCCGGGAGCGUAACCACAGCUAUGCGCGUCCCCGUGUUACCCUGCGCUGCGCUGCAGAGGCCGUCGCGGUGCCCAGGCACUGCCGGGGUUGGGGUGCAGGGUGCAAGGGUGGGUUUAUGGCCCCAGUGCUGGUUAUUGAUUUACCACGGGAAAGAGCAGUCAGCAGUGUGGGAGCGCUCAGCGGGAUCCUGCAGCAGCAGGGCAGCGAUCUCAGCCCACCACCGGCACGCCACGCGAGGAUGCUGCGCAGGAUCGUGCUGCUGCUGUGCCUGCUGCUGCCCUGCUCAGGGCAGACGUUCCAGCAGGAGGCUGAGCGCAUCAUGAACUCCACACCGGUCAUCGAUGGGCACAACGACCUGCCGUGGCAGCUCCUCAAACUGUUCAAUAACCAACUGUUGCUGCCGGCAUCCAACCUGACACAACUGAACAACACCCACACCAACAUCCCCAAGCUGAACACUGGACACGUGGGCGGCCAGUUCUGGUCGGUGUACGUGCCCUGCGACACGCAGAACAAGGACGCAGUGAAGCGCACGCUGGAGCAGAUCGACGUGGUGCACCGCAUGUGUGAGCUGUACCCCGAGACCUUCGCCUGCGUUGUUUCUAGCACAGGCAUCGAGCAGGCAUUCCAGAACAAGAAGGUGGCCAGCCUCAUUGGUGUGGAGGGCGGCCACUCCAUCGACAGCAGCCUGGGGGUGCUGCGCACCUUCUACCGCCUGGGCGUGCGCUACAUGACCCUGACACACAGCUGCAACACACCCUGGGCUGACAACUGGCUGGUGGACACUGAGGAGGAACAACCUGUGCACCACGGCCUCACACCGUUUGGGAAGAAAGUUCUGGAGGAGAUGAACCGCCUGGGCAUGAUCAUAGACUUGGCUCAUGUCUCAGUGGAGACCAUGAAGAUGGCACUGAACGUCUCCAAAGCUCCCGUCAUCUUCAGCCACUCCUCUGCCUACAGCAUCUGCCCACACGCCCGCAAUGUGCCCGACGAUGUGCUGCAGAUGGUGGCCUCCACAGGCAGCCUGGUGAUGGUCAACUUCUACAACCAGUAUGUGACCUGCAGCAACACAGCCACGCUGGCUGAUGUCGCAGACCAUAUGGACCAUGUGAAGAAAGUGGCAGGCAUUGAAUCCGUCGGCUUUGGCGGGGACUAUGAUGGUGUCACAGGGCUGCCCACGGGGCUGGAGGACGUUUCCAAGUACCCCGCGCUGGUGGCGGAGCUGCUGGCCAGGAACUGGACGGAGCAGGAGGUGAGCGCAGCGCUGGCCAAAAACCUGCUGAGGGUGUUCAAGAGUGUGGAGACGGUGAAGGCAUCCCUGCAGGGCACACUGCCCCUCGAGGAGCCCAUCGCCCUGGAGGAGCUGGAAGGAGAGUGCCGCACAAGCUAUGGCUACACCACCACCACCACCACUGAUGCCAGCCCAGCCCUGCCCCUGCCAGCAGCCCUGGUGCUGGUGCUGCCCCUGCUCAGCACCCUGCUGCCAUAGUGCCCACGUCCUGCCCCAGCCCAGUCACAAAAUAAAGCCAUCCUGCUCGGUGUUCGGGCUGUCACUGCAGCAGGAGUGAGACAUCACUGCAACAACACGCGGCCAGGGUGGCAGCGGGGCUGCCUCCGCAGGAUGCUUACAUUAAUCAUUAGCUAAUUAAUUGGCUACUCAAUCAUCUUCUUAGCAAUUUCCUCUCACAUUUGGGAACAGCCUGUCUUUGGAGCGGAGGCAGCUCUGGGCACCACGAAAACAAGCUUGUGAAGGAGAGUCAUCUUCCUGUGGCAUUCACAAUUUGGCUGAGGCACAAAGCCCACUCUGCCAGCAGGGAGCAGGGAGGGGAUGAGCCCCAGUCCCACCAGGAUGGCACCCAUGGGUGGUGGAUGCUGGUGGCAGGUCCGGGUCUGCGUGGUGGGAAACACUGGAGCUUACUUACUUCAUGGAGCCGGGGGCUUCCCCUCGGCAAGCCCAAGCUUCUCAGAAGGGCAAGGGAAAGGUGUGGGGAAGAGUGCAAUGAGCUCAGCAGCCCAAAAACAAAACUGGGAAAAAGGAUCUAGAAAGGAGGCAGUCAUCCUGGGCUGUGUUGGCUGUGCCACGGCUGCAGCGGUCCCUGCUUGCCCGGUUCCCCCAGCACAACCACAGGAAGGGAAGUGGUUUCUGCGGGGACGUGCCCACUCAGUGUCCUCAGCACAUGAGAGGCCUUCUACUGAGCCACCCCCAGAGGCUGUGACCCCCAGCAGGCGCUACCUGCCCUUUCCCUGAGCAGGAAGGCUGAAGGAAUGGGUCCCUUCCUCCUCAGCUCAGCCCACAGUGGGUGCUGCCCCCUGCUGCAGUUGGGUUUUCAACCCACAGCAGAGAACAGGCACAGCCCAGACCCCCCUCUUCUGCCUAAAACCCCGUGCACACUACGAUGGAUGUUCAGAGUGUUUAUUUAAAACAGCAUUAGGUAAUCAACAGGGUUUUGGAGAAGAAAAAAGGCAAACGAGACAGGCUUUAAAAAAAUACCACCACGGAUCAAGACACAGAGAAAAAUCAGAUGGGAAAAGGGACUGACUCCAGGGGCAGGGUCUCGGUCUCCCUGGGCCUCAUCCCAGUUCCCAGCCCCACACAUGGUGCCCAUGCAGGGCCAGGAGCUAGCAGCAGUGCCAUUCCAUGGUGCAGGCACCUCCCAUGCCCUCGUCACCACCCCACAUCCCUACAGCUGCACACGAGGGAAGAAGGCUCUUCUGGUCACCAGCCACGUGCUGCCACGGCCAUUGAACUCAGAAAAAAUAAUCAAAGCAGUGAGAAUUGUUUUUGUUACAAGCGCUGCAGUGUCCAUGACCCUGGGGCUGGGUGCCAGCACCGGAGGAUGAAGGAUGGAGCUGCCUGCACUCUCCCCACGUUGCUGUUGCCCUGCCGAUAGCAGCCAAGGCCCCAUUCCCACUGCAGCUGCACAUGACUGGAAGUUCCCAUUACAGCCGAUGAAGUGAAGCUGCCGCUCCACAGCAGGGCUGGCUGCAUGCUCA